CCUUGAACAUACUAUAAAUUCCAACUGAGAAACCAUCAAGUCUCAUUCUUCACUCACUGUCUAACUCUCUCAUAACAUUACCAAACAAUGGCUGGGCACUAUGGCAUUCCAAUGCUCCUCUCUCCAAGACCCUAUGAAAACCCUUCAAGGCAACACACUCCCAACACCAGUGUCUUUGGUUUCCACCUCCAACCACCACACCCCAACCAGCAGGAAAGGUCCUCAUCCUCCUCCAAUAGGACCCCCGGUAGGCCACGUGGCUCCAAGAACAAGCCGAAGCCCCAGAUGCCAAUCCCCAGGGACAAUGAUAUGAAGUCAAUAAUAAUUGAUGUCGGUGUUGGACAUGAUGUCAUGGAGGCAAUAGCCCAGGUGGCCAACCACCACAACACCGGUGUCACAGUUGUCCAUGCUGCUGGCACUAUUUCUAACGUGACUCUGAGCCACCCUCUGACCCAAGCCCCUGCUGCCUUCAUCGCUUAUGGACCCUUUAUUCUGUUGGGCCUCUCUGGAUCCUAUGUGACACCAACUGCUCUCAAUGUUGGCUUUCCUUCUUCUCUUCCAUCGUCCAUCCCCAACCCCCUUUCCUCUGAGAUUCACUCCAACUUCAAGAUCUCCCUCUCUAGCUUCCAGGGAAAAGUCCUUAGUGGGAAUGUUGCUGGGGAGGUCAUAGCCGCGAAUGGUGGGGUAAAUAUUACGGCUCUGCUUGUUAAGAACCCAGAGUAUUAUAGUUUUGGUGUCGCCACUGAAUGCGAUAUUGAGGAAGAAGAUGUUGAUAACCCUCUUGGCGGUGAAGGUGGUGGUGAUCGCGAAGGUGCUAGUGGUUCUGGAGGCGUUAAUUGUGCUAGUGGUUUUGGCAUGUCUGGUUUCAACGAAGAUUGAAGAGAAAAUUUAGUAUGAAUGUAUUAAGACCCAAAAUAUAAUGAGAAAGUAAUAAAGAGAUGGUGAGAGGUGU